AUGAGGGCACUUAAGAAUUGGUUUAACAACUCCAGUGUGUUUGAUUUGUUUGAUGAUAUUAGAGCUCAUAGGUUUUAUGGCGUAUCCAAUGAGCCUAGAAUAGACGAGUUUGGUAAAAGUCCCGUCAGAAAAAGAAUCAGGGCAAAUACGGAUGGACCGACCAUGACAUACGUAUUUAAAACCAGGAAUAAUGCAGGAUCGCUUACUACCGAUCCAGAUGAGAUGCGGUCUAUUGAUGAUGCAUCAGCGUUACACAAGGAAGCCAUCGAAGUUGAAACAAAUGAAGGGUCACGCAAGAAAUUCAAAUUAGUCAAGGAUUCUCUGGAGUAUACUAAAGCGAAAUCAUUUAUUCAAGAAUUGCAAUAUCUAACAAGUUGGUUAGUUAGCGAAUAUUGUGAAUUAAACCGGAUUCCCGUAUUCACUAGAUCUCAAGACAUUGAUCGAUCGAAAUUUGAAGAAGAUAAAGUGGUAGUACUUUGUCCUAAUAUUAUCCAAAGUGAUUAUGAAGCAAGUUCAUAUGCUCAAGUUCUUUUUGCAAAAGAUGUUAGAAGACAUAUGUCACCAUUAACUAAUCUCAUUGCCAAGAACUAUCUUGCUCCAGAAAGGAUUGAAUUGAAACCUUCGAAAGAACUGGAAAAUAUCCCACUUGGACUCAAGAAGGGUGAGGUCAACGCAAUUGAGGUGUUCGACAAAGGGGAAGCAAUUAUGAAUCAACUUCAGUUAUUGUCGUUCAAACAGUUUGAAUUACAAGAAGUAUAUAUGAAUAAAGGUAUGUCUCCAUUAGUUGUCCAUGACGAAUAUAGCAGAUUAAAAGGAUUUGGAUAUAAUACGAAUGGACCAUAUUCUGUCGAUAUCUUGUCUUCUUUAUUGAAUCAUAUAAAUUAUGGAGAUGACAUAGCUAAAUUCAUUGGAUUUAAUAUGAAAAGGUUUUGGACUUUAAAAUGGUUAGAACAAAGAUCACUAGAGCAAGAAUUUGGAUCUUCGACACUUAAGACUGAAUACGAAUGUGUAAUCACUUUUGUAGGUGAUAAAAUCAAGAAUAAUGAAGAUUAUAUUAUUUCAAGGGCAUAUUGCUCUGAAUUGGAUCUUGAGGUUGAUGUUUUGACAGUUGCUGACUCACUUCAACUGGUUGGUAGUAGAGUCUUAUGUGAUUCACUUAUUUACUUAGAUCCAAUUACUGGAAGUUGUUUGUUAAAGCAUGAUGUCAUUAAGACAAUAUAG